GAAGCGGGCUCCAUGUGCAAUUGGAUUGGUCAAAGUCGACAUGUUUGACUUCCCAGACUCCUUUAAAUACCAAACCUUAUCACUCUCAGGUAUCCCGCAUCGAACAUUACCAUGAACACAGCAACCUCUUCUCUUUCCUUUUUCAUCUUCGCCGUCAUUCUUCUCCGGCGACUCAGCCCCACCGGAGCUGCCACGUGUCACCCUGACGACGAGUCGGGUCUUCUCGCUUUCAAAUCGGGUAUUACCCGGGACCCGUCGGGUCUUCUCAAGACAUGGACGAAGGGAACAGAUUGCUGUAAAUGGUUUGGUAUCACUUGCCGCUCCGGCGCCCGCGUCAACUCGCUCUCUCUCAGCGGUGAGUUCGACGCCGUUGCUGCCGCCGGAUUCUCAGGAACUUUCUCUCCUGCGUUGGCGAAACUCCAGCACUUGGAUAGCAUCUACUUCUCCUACCUCCGGAAUCUCACCGGGAAGUUCCCUGAGUUCCUUUUCCGUUUACCGGCGCUCGAUAUCGUUUACAUCGACCACAAUGGACUCUCUGGUUCGAUUCCGGCUAACGUCGGCGCGUUGUCUCGGCUCUUUGUCUUCAGUUUUGAAGGAAACCGGUUUACCGGUCCGAUCCCGAGUUCGAUUUCGAAUCUGACUCAGUUGGGUCAGCUCAAACUCGGUGGUAAUCGACUCACUGGAAAUUUACCUUUAGGGCUCGCGAAUCUCAAGUCCCUGUCGUAUCUUGCCGUCGACGGGAACCGGCUUUCCGGCAACAUCCCCGAUUUUUUCAAAUCCUUCACCGAUCUCAAUAUUCUCAACCUCUCCAGGAACGCAUUUUCCGGGAAAAUUCCGCCGUCGAUCGCAUCGCUUGCGCCAAAACUACGGUAUUUGGAGCUCGGCCACAACAAUCUCUCGGGAACGAUUCCAGAGUAUCUGGGGAAUUUCAAAUCGCUCGACACAUUGGAUUUAUCAUGGAAUCGAUUCACCGGAACCGUGCCGAAGAGCUUCAGCAAUCUAACCAAAAUCUUCAAUCUCGAUCUCUCCCACAAUCUCUUAAUCGAUCCGUUUCCCGUCAUGAACGUGAAAGGAAUCGAAUCUCUGGAUCUGUCCUACAACCAAUUCCAUCUGAAAUCGAUCCCGAAAUGGGUGACAUCGUCUCCGAUCAUCUACUCGUUGAAGCUCGCGAAAUGCGGGAUCAAGAUGAGAUUCGACGACUGGAAACCGGCGGAAACCUACUUCUAUGACUUCAUCGAUCUGUCAGAGAACGAGAUCACCGGCAGUCCCGCGAAUUUCCUGAACCAGACAGAGUAUCUGAAGGAGUUUCGCGCGUCGGGAAACAAACUCAGUUUCGAUCUGGGGAAGAUCAAGUUCGCGAAGACGCUGAAAACGUUGGAUCUGUCGAGGAACUCGGUGUUCGGAAAGGUGCCGGCGACGGUGGCCGGACUACAGACGCUGAACGUGAGUUAUAACCAUCUAUGCGGAAAAUUACCGGCGACCAAGUUCCCGGCGAGCUCGUUCGCCGGAAACGACUGUCUCUGUGGCUCCCCGCUUCCUCCUUGUAAAGCUUGACGGCAAGCAUUAGGAAAACUCUGGCGCGAAGAAAAGCUUUUAGCCUUAAAUAAUUUGAGUUUAUUUGGACGAUUAGCACUUUAAUUAAAUAAGAUUGUAAGAAAAUAAAAUAAAAUUGUAGGUGUAAGAGGCAAAAAUGUUAAACUACCACGCUUCCAUACCAAACAUUAAUUAUGGCCCGUCGUUAUUUGAAUAAAUAUCCUCGAAUUUUAUUUGAGAUUGUUUUUUUUU